AACUGCUAUUUUCCAAUGGUGAUUAUGAUUCAUGGGCCGUAAGAGUAGGGAAUAUGAAGCUUGAAGAGGGUAGGAAAAUUGAAAGUAUGAUAGAAGAAGAUUAUGAAUAUGUACAAUCCGAACCAGAUAUCAACAGACCAUUCCAGGUUGCACAUAUUGGAAAAUGGAAUCUUACAGAAAAUCUACAAAUAUAUGAUCCCAAAAUGAAUCACGAGGGUGGUUCCAAGAUAUUAAAUCAUUAUUUACAUGAUUUCGAUGAGUUAUUAUCCCGUAUGAUCCUCGAUGAAAAUGAGAAUUCUUUUACAAUACGCUAUGGAAUUUAUAUUGUCAAUGACAAAGUUCAUAUCCCUGAACGGUAUCCUAGUACCACGAAUAUUGUUAUGGUAAUCAGUGAAUCAGAGAUUACUAAUGAUAAUAUAAAAGAUUUCUUUAACCGAAUCAGAACAC